UUAUUAUAAGCAACACUUUAGAAACAUGCAGUGUUUGAUUCAUGGCAACAUUUUAUUUUGUAUGCCAAUUCAGACUUGCAAAUUCCUGACUUUUCAAUUUUCUCUUGUCCAUUUGAGAUUUUAAGAAAAAGUCAAGUUAGCUAUUGUCCUAAUGUUGAGCCCCAAUGUUUCACCACAAAGUUUUAUUUUAAAGGUGCAAUCCUACAGAAAUGGCUUAAACUCUUUCCAGGUUGUAAAAACUUUUCUUGUGAAGCAAAUUUAUUGAAAGAAUGCUUGAGUAACAAACGUCGAUGUUUUCUAUUUAUUAUUAUCCUUUUUUUGUCUUCUCUGACUCUCCUAAUUGUUUGUGGCUAGCAAGUGCUGGCUAAACAAUAAGAAAGUUAGUCUUGGAUAUGACUAACAGAAAUCUGGUCUUAGUUUCCAAUUGGAAUAUUUCACAUUGGUGUGUAACCAGGCUUACAGGAGUGGUAACCAGGCUUACAGGGGUGGUAACCAGGCUUACAGGGGUGGUAACCAGGCUUACAGGGGUGGUAACUAGGCUUACAGGAGUGGUAACCAGGCUUACAGGGGUGGUAACUAGGCUUACAGGGGUGGUAACUAGGCUUACAGGAGUGUUUUAUGAUGUGGAAAUGAGAUAUGAUGAUGAAAGAUUUUUUAUUGUCAAACAAAAAGUGAGUGAAAUAUUUAUAACUGUCCACAAAGGAUUCUUGGACAUUGAUUCAGUCCAUGACUUUAACAAAGAGAUGAGCAAAGAAAAUUGCAUUCCAAUGUCACUGUGUAUAACUAAAUAUUUGAUGCUGUAGCUAACAUGUGCUCUGGUGAGAUGUGCUUGGCUCAUAACAAAUGGGGACACAUGAUAAAACUGACUAAUGUCAGCUUUGUUCAGUAACUGCCGUCCAGUGAGGCAAAAUCCAAUGUAAAUAAAUUCUUCCUGUGACGUUGGGAGAUCAUCUCACCAUGGAUUUAUCCCAUGUUUGUGGGAAUCAUCUCACCAUGGAUAUAUCCUGUGUUUGGGAGAUCAGCUCACCAUGGAUAUAUAUAUUGUUUGGGAAUCAUCUCACCAUAGAUAUAUCCUGCGUUUUGUUUACACCAUGUUCACUUAAUUCUCCUUUUGAUUCUUAUCAUCUUUUUUGUCAGGCACCUUAGUUUGUUACUUUCUUUCCCCUAGAUCUAUCAGUAAUGUACAUGCUGUCAUACUAUAUGGUCCUUUCUUUCCCCUAGAUCUAUCAGUAGUGUACAUCCUUACAUACUAUAUGGUCCUUUCUUUCCCCUAGAUCUAUCAGUAGUGUACAUGCUGUCAUACUAUAUGGUCCUUUCUUUCCCCUAGAUCUAUCAGUAGUGUACAUCCU